UUCCCCCCCCUUCCUCUCCCCUACUCGUCCAGGUUGGAUCAACGGAAUGGAGAACAGCACGCAAGCCAGCACUUCAGUCGAGAAAAGAAAUCACCAUUGGAGAAGUUACAAGUUGAUUAUUGACCCGGCCCUGAAAAAAGGACAGCACAAACUCUACCGUUACGAUGGGCAACAUUUCAGCAUGCCUAACUCGGGAAUCGCUCCUGUGGAUUGUGUCAGGGAUCCCAGAAUAGGGCGAAUAUGGACCAAAACUAAGGAGUUGGAGCUGUCUGUCCCCAAAUUCAAGAUUGAUGAAUUUUACGUGGGGCCAGUGCCUCCCAAGCAGGUCACCUUUGCCAAGCUGAACGACAACAUUCGUGAAAACUUUUUGACCGACAUGUGCAAGAAAUAUGGUGAAGUGGAAGAGGUGGAGAUUCUCUACAACCCUAAGAACAAGAAGCACCUGGGCAUCGCCAAAGUGAUCUUUGCCACUGUCAAGGGUGCCCGGGAGGCUGUCCAGCACCUUCACAACACCUCUGUCAUGGGCAACAUCAUCCACGUGGAGCUGGAUACGAAAGGUGAAACCCGCAUGCGAUUCUAUGAACUGCUUGUUAAUGGUCUUUACACUCCUCAGACCCUUCCUGUAGGCACCGAACAGGAUGUAUCGCCAACUGUGAAUGAAACUCUCCAGUUGACGGAUUCCCUGAAGCGCCUGAAAGACAGUAACCUUUCUUCUGCGGGAUCAUCUGUUACCCCGAACAGUAGCACGCCGUUUUCCCAUGACACGGCCUAUUCCAGCUGUCGGCAAGACACCCCAAACUCAUACAGCCAAUUUACCCCACAGUCCCAAGGAACACCUCACACCCCACGGUUAGGGACACCAUUUUCCCAAGAUUCCAGCUAUUCUAGCCGUCAGACAACACCUGUGUACCAUUUUGGGCAGGACAGUGGGUACAAACCCAGGAGACAUGAAACAAAAUUUACAGAUGCCUACAACCGUCGACCGGGACAUCACUAUGUUCAUAACUCGGCAGGUGUUUACCGAGGGACGGAGCAUCAGUUUAGUACAUACAAAUCCCAUCAGCAAGAGCCAGUUCAGUUCUCUCACACUCCUCCCCUGAGCCACUCUAGUUCUUCGAGCUACAAAUCUGCUUUCUCUCCCUACCAAGCACCAGCUGUAUUUCCCCAGUCUGAUGAGCAGCAGUUUCCCCAAACUUCCAGGGAAACAGAGUACCGAAGACCUGCGCCACCUCCCACUGAGAUGGUUGUGGAAAGCAGCGCUGCCACCAACAUCGAUUUUGUCCCAGUGAAGGAGAAGCAGGAGGAACCUCCACCCUUGCCCGAUUCGAACUCUGUUCCUGAACCGAGCACAGCAUCCUUCUCUCAGACUCCAGAGAGAAGCGAGACCCCUGGCACCCCCACCAUGGAGUCUGAAAUGCAGCAUAACAGUUUAGACUCAAGGAUUGAGAUGCUCUUAAAAGAGCAGAGAACAAAGUUACCCUUUCUUAACGAGCAUGACUCGGAUAACGAGAUCCGAAUGGAAGGUAGCCCUAUUUCCUCUUCUUCGUCCCAGCUCUCUCCCAUCCCAAUGUACGGUUCAAACUCUCAGCCAGGUUACAGAGGUCAGACGCCUUCCUCACGCCCUUCCAGCACAGGUUUGGAGGACAUUAGCCCGACGCCAUUACCUGACUCUGACGAUGAUGAGCCCAUCCCUGGGACAGCUUCUCUGAGUCAGAAUUCCCGCGGGACGUCGGAGGCCAGCAUGACUCCCAUUGAUCAGCUGAGCAGGACCUCCAAAGUUGAGACCUCAGACGCUAAAGAAAUGGUGCCUGGUGACCAGACUCCAACAUCAGAAAAAAUGGACGAGGGUCAGCAUUCUUCAGGGGAGGACAUGGAAAUCUCUGAUGACGAGACCAACCCUGCGCCCAUCACCAGUGCAGAAUGUGCCAAAACCAUUGUGGUGAACUCCUCUGUGAGCAACACAGCCGUGAUGGCCCCAUCGAUUCCCCCCAUGCCACCACCGGGAUUCCCUCCUCUUCCUCCUCCGCCGCCUCCACAGCCAGGCUUCCCGAUGCCUCCGCCGCUACCUCCACCACCUCCACCCACUCACCCUGCUGUCACCGUCCCCCCACCUCCGCUCCCUGCCCCGCCUGGGGUCCCUCCACCUCAUAUCUUGCCUCCGCUUCCUCCGUUCCAUCCUGGCAUGUUCCCUGUCAUGCAAGUGGAUAUGAUAAGUGUCUUGGGCAACCAGUGGGGUGGCAUGCCAAUGUCCUUCCAGAUGCAAACUCAGAUGCUGAGCCGCAUGAUGCAGGCACAAAACACAUACCAGUAUCCCCCUUUCAUGACGGGCCGGAUGCAGUUUGUGAAUCUUCCGCCCUACCGCCCUUUCUCGAUGGGAGCAGCUCUUGGUCGCGGACAGCAGUGGCCACCACUGCCCAAGUUUGACCCCUCGGUUCCACCACCGGGUUACGAGCCGAAGAAGGAAGAUCCCCACAAAGCCACUGUGGAUGGAGUCCUCUUGGUCAUAGUGAAGGAACUAAAGGCUAUCAUGAAAAGGGACCUGAACCGGAAGAUGGUUGAAGUGGUAGCGUUUCGGGCAUUUGAUGACUGGUGGGACAAGAAGGAACGUCUGGCAAAGGCAUCUCUUACUCCAGUGAAGUCUGGAGGAGAACUGGAGGAAAAACCAAAGCCAAAGGAUCGAAUCACGUCUUGUCUUUUGGAGAACUGGAACAAAGGAGAAGGUCUGGGAUAUGAGGGAAUUGGCUUGGGCAUUGGGUUACGAGGGGCCAUCCGGCUGCCAUCCUUCAAGGUGAAAAGAAAGGAGCCACCUGAAGCUGCCUCGGCAGGAGAUCAGAAGAGAAUCCGGCCUUCUACUUCUGUCGAUGAUGAAGAUGAAGAGUCAGAGAGGGACAGGGAUGCUUCCGAUGCAACAUCUGACCUGUCAAAGAAGGAUGCAGAAGCAGUGGGGCUGAGGCGGCGACCAGCAAGGCCGCUGGAGCUCGACAGCGAGGGAGAAGAGGGAGAUGAGACAUCAGGGAAAGAAGAAGAGUCCUCCUCGGAGAAGGAGGAGGAGCAGGAAGAAGAGGGAGAUGAUGAGGAUGAAGAUGAUGAUGAAGAGGAUGAUGAGGAUGAAGAGGAGGAGGAGGAGGAGACGGGCAUAGACACAAGUGACAAGGAGGAGGAGCAGGACUCCGAGGAGGAUGUAGCAAGUCCUUCUUCUUCCAAGGCUGAAGUUGAAUCAUCUGAUGAAAGUGAGGACUCCUCUGAAUUCGAGUCGAGUUCAGACUCAGAUGAUGAAGAUGAGGAUGAUGACGAUGAAGAUGAGGAGGAGGAAGAGGAGGAAGAGGUGGCUGAAGAUCAAGACAGAGAAGCCAUGGUUGCUGAGGCACAGCAUGAACCUGCUGGUCAUGAGCUUCCUGAUGAUGAGAGGGAGACUAUUUUGGAGCUGUAUCCUGUGGAUGACUACAUGGAUGCAACAGGCUUGGGACUCGCAGAGCCAGCUUUGGCAGUGAAAGAUGAAGGCAUGGAAGAAAUCAAGGCAGGAGAAGGUGAAUGUGGUGAAGUCCCAGAGGCAUCUAUUGCUGCUGAAACACUGAAACACUUGGUUAUGGAAAGAGACCAGGAGACAAAACUUGCACUGUCUCCCAUCUGUAGGCCAGAGGAAGAGUCUGAACCUGCUACCAUGCUGGAGCCAGAGGUACAGGAACAUCCAAAGCCUGAAUCUCAAGAUGAGGAGGAGGCACUCUGUCUUUCAACUCCCGUGGGAGUCUUCGGAGAACCUCUGCCCAAUAAAAGCAGCUUCUUCAGCAAGUCUGACGACAGCAGCUUAGAAGCUCGUGUUAAAACAAAGCUGCCCUCUGUAGCAGAGGAAGACGACCGGCUGCCUCGCACGCCUGGACGGGAGGUGAUGAUCCAUUCAGAGACUGAUACUCUUUUGCUUCCAGCCCACAAGGUGCCAUCCUCCAUGCUUCCCUUACCAUCGACUCCCGGUAAGGAAGAAUCUUUAGUCCCUCCAGAAAAGUUCCCUGAACAAUUAAUGGUGACCAAAACGUCCGUGGAAGAGGAGAUUCCUAGGACUCCUGGGCGGGACAUUUUGGCCAAGUCUUCACACCCCCUUGCGAAGUCACAGAGCACGGACACUGUUCCAGCCACGCCAGGAAGCGAUGCUCCCCUUACGGGAAGCAGUUUGACUCUCAGUUCCCCUCAAGUCCCAGGGAGCCCCUUUUCCUACCCAUCCCAAUCUCCUGGCAUUAACAGUGGCAUUCCUCGGACUCCUGGGAGAGAUUUCAAUUUCACACCUACUUUCCCAGAGGCUGGUGCUACCAUUUCUUGCCUUCUGUCUGGCAAAAAACAGUCAGAGGAUGAGCUAGAUGAGAAACCCUUUAAAGAGCCUCUCGGUGCUUCCCUUACGAUCAGCAUGAACAGUGUUCCUUCCCCUAUCCCCUUUGCCAGCCCCCCACAAGCAGAUUUCCACACGGACAUGGGUUUGCCACCUGAUGAGCCAAUACCUGUAGCAGCCCUGCCAUGCAUGCAUGGAGAUGGAAGAAUGCCCAUUGAGGAAUGCAAGGCAGAAGUAAAAUCUGUUUUGCUCUCACCAGAAGUACCCACUGGUGCUUCCAUUCUUCCUCCCCCACCACCACCUUCUGUUCUUCCCAAAAGGAGGCCAGGUCGGCCAAAACGGUCACCACCUUCUGUCCUCUCGUUGGAUGUGUACUCGGGCAAAACCAUAGAACCUCCUCCUGUGCCAGUGGCCUUGGUGGAAAGUGCUGUGGGCAAAGAGCUGUUGAGUGGACAUCCUGAUGCUUUCUAUGGACUGAAAGACCCUGAAGCUGUCACCCUGGACUUCAGGAAUGACGGUUUCCACGAGAAAAUAGCAGCUGAGACAGUUGCAGAGAAACUGCCAUUUAAGGAACUGGAGAACCAGUGGAAUGAAGACUUCAAGGAAGAAGAAGCGCAUGUGAAACCUAAAAGACAGUGGCGGAGGCAGAAGAAGACACCUGAGGACCUCCCAGCAAUUCCUUCCCCUGAGUAUUCCCCACCCCGGCCUCAGUUCAGGCCACGCUCCGAGUUUGAGGAGAUGACCAUUUUGUAUGAUAUUUGGAAUGGAGGCAUAGAUGAGGAAGAUAUCAAAUUCAUGUGUAUCACAUAUGACCGCUUGUUACAGCAGGACAAUGGUAUGGACUGGCUCAAUGACACCCUCUGGGUAUUCCAUCCUUCCACUAGCUUUUCUACCCCCAAGAAAAAGAAGCGGGAUGAUGGGAUGCGGGAGCACGUGACGGGCUGUGCGCGAAGUGAAGGCUAUUACAAAAUUGAUAAGAAGGACAAACUUAAAUACCUCAACAAUAGCCGAGCUUUUGCGGAGGAGCCUCCAGCUGACACACAGGGUAUGAGCAUCCCUGCCCAACCUCAUGCUUCCACCCGGGCUGGCUCUGAGAGGCGGUCAGAGCAACGCAGGCUCCUCUCCUCCUUCACUGGUAGCUGUGACAGUGACCUGCUCAAGUUCAACCAGCUCAAGUUCCGGAAGAAAAAACUAAAAUUCUGCAAGAGCCACAUUCAUGACUGGGGCCUUUUUGCUAUGGAGCCCAUUGCAGCUGAUGAGAUGGUGAUUGAAUACGUGGGUCAGAACAUCAGGCAGGUCAUUGCUGACAUGCGUGAAAAGCGAUAUGAGGAUGAAGGCAUCGGAAGCAGUUACAUGUUCAGAGUCGAUCAUGACACCAUCAUCGAUGCCACAAAAUGCGGAAACUUUGCCAGGUUUAUUAAUCACAGCUGCAAUCCAAAUUGUUAUGCUAAAGUGAUCACAGUGGAGUCUCAAAAGAAGAUCGUCAUCUACUCCAAACAGCACAUCAAUGUCAAUGAGGAAAUUACCUAUGACUACAAGUUUCCGAUUGAGGAUGUAAAAAUCCCAUGUCUAUGUGGCUCUGAGAACUGCAGGGGAACCCUGAACUGAACUCGAGGUUUCUCGUCACACUUGCACCUUCGGCCAUGUCAAAACUGUGGUAACCAGGUGUGGUUGCACUUUGCCAAAAAAA